AUGGCGGACGAACCAGGACAACCCCCCGCUCUCACCACGCUGAGCCUGGCCGAGAAGGCCCCCGCGUCCAAGGCAGUCUCCCAGGUUGUCACUCCUUUCGAUGUGUCCGGUGGUGUCGACGAGUCGGGCAAGCUUCUCCCAGUCGACUAUGAUAAAUUGGUUCGAGAAUUCGGAGCUACUCGUAUCUCCAAAGAACUGCUCGAGCGCUUCGAAAGAGUGACUGGACGUCGGCCUCAUCGAUUCAUGCGCAGAGGAAUUGUGUUCAGCCACCGUGACUUGAACUUGAUUCUUGAUCGUUAUGAGAAGGGACAACCGUUCUACCUCUACACUGGGCGUGGACCUAGCAGCGACAGCAUGCACGUUGGACACACGAUUCCCUUUGAGUUCACCAAGUGGUUGCAGGAUGUCUUCGAUUGCCCUCUGAAAUACAUGCAUUCGCAGAAGAUCGAGAUUGAGGAUGCUAAGAGAUAUACGAAAGCAAAUGCGAUGGACAUCAUUGCGGUCGGUUUUGAUAUGAAGAAGACAUUUAUUUUCAGCGACUUCGAUUUCGUUGGCGGCGCAUUCUAUGAGAACAUCUGCAGAAUGGCGAAGAGGAUCACAAUAAACUCUGUCCGAGGAACUUUUGGAUUUAACGACAGCAACAACGUCGGAGAAUUCCACUUCUGCGCCACUCAAUCUGCCACUGCAUUUGCGACAAGCUUCCCUCACAUCUUCGGUACCGACAGGAAGAAGGUCUCGUCGAUUCCUUGCCUGAUUCCCUGUGCGAUCGACCAGGACCCGUACUUCCGUCAGUGCCGUGAACACGCCGAGAAGAUGAAGUACAAGAAGCCAUCGUUGAUCCAUGCCAUCUUCCUUCCCGCUCUUCAAGGUCCUGGCUCGAAAAUGUCUGCCAGUGUCGAUACAUCCGCCAUCUACAUGAACGAUGCCCCUAACCGAAUCAAGAACAAAAUCAACAAGUACGCCUUCUCUGGAGGACAGGAUACAGCUGAGCUGCAGCGUCAACUGGGUGCCAACACCAAGGAUGACGUCCCAUUCCAGUACCUCACCUUCUUCCUGGAGGACGAUGAGGAGCUGGAGCGCAUCCGUGUGGCUUAUGCGAAGGGAGAUAUGCUUACCGGCGAGGUCAAGCAAAAAUGUAUUGCGGAGCUACAGGCUUACGUUCAGGCCUUCCAGGAACGCAGAGCCAAGGUCACCGACGAGGUGGUUGCUGAGUUCAUGCGGCCUCGGCCCCUCGAGUGGAAAGGCAACCCCAACCCCAUCGUUGUUGAGAAGAACUAG